AUGGAUGGUUAUUUGCGUGAGAUAAAGGUUAUUGCUGAUUCCUUAGCUGCUAUUCAGUGUCAUGUCUCUAAUCAGGAUUUAGUUCAACAUACGUUGUUUGGUUUUGAUCGUGAUUCUGAUUAUGAUCAUAUAGUUACCACUCUGCUGCAUUACCCUUUCCCUCUUAGUUUUGAUGAUUUGCGCCCUAAGUUGCUUCUUCAUGAACAACGUCUGAAAAGUUCGAAGGAUGGUUUUGAUUCCUCCUCUCAGCAUGCCUUAGUUGCAGUUCAGUCUUUUGGUUUUGGUUCUGGUUCCUCCUCUAAACCAAAUUCAGGAGGGAGGAAUAGGGGGAGAAAUAACAGAAUUCGUGGGGGUAACAAUAAUCGAAAUCAGAAUAAUCGUGGUAAUGGUGGUGGUAAUGGGGGUAACAAUAAUUCUCGUGGUUCUGGUAACAACAACAACAACAAUGCAAAUCGGGGACGCUCCAAUGGUCAUCAAGCUACUUAUUGUCCUCAAAGAUUCAAUUCCAGCUUUAUUUUGCCUUCAUCUGAAAGUGUCACUCGAGCCUUAGCUGUACAGUCUGUUGAUGGUGAAGCUAAUGAUUCAGUUUGGUACCCGGAUUCGGGAGCUGCAUGUCACAUGGCCCCUCAUGAUGAUUGGGCAGGAUGCCCUGACACGUGA